CCUGCGAAGAUGGCGACUACGGGCAGAAAUACACUCCUAUCGGUUAGCACAAAUGUAAAUAACAGCACUUCCGAAAGCCAAAACCCCGAUGAGGAUGACGGACAGAAUUUAUGGUCGUCAAUAUUGAGUGAGGUAUCUACGCGUUCCCGAUCAAAAUUGCCGUCAGGAAAGAAUGUGGUGGUUAUGGGUGAGGUGGGGUCUGGGAAGACCACCCUCGUGGCCAGACUACAGGGUGUGGAGGAGUAUAUGAAGGGGCGGGGCUUAGAGUACCUGUAUUUCAAUCUUCAUGAUGAUGACAUUGAUGAUCAUGCACGGUGUAAUGCAUGGGUGCUGGAUGGAGACCUGUAUCACAAAGGCCUGCAGAAGUUCGCUCUGUCCACGGAAAACUUGGCAGACUCACUGGUCCUAUUCGUGGUGGAUCUGUCCCGGCCGUGGCUAGCCCUUGAUUCGCUGCAGAAAUGGGGCAGCGUGGUGAGAGAUUAUCUGGACAAGCUCAGAGUGCCUCCUGAAACCAUGAGAGAGCUGGAGCAUAGACUGGUCAAGGAGUUCCAGGAGUAUGUGGAACCAGGAAGUGACCUUGAUGGUGUGCCCCAGAGAAGGAAUCCAGAAUCAGAGGAAGAGAGCAUCCUGCUGCCCCUGGGGGACAAUACACUUACACACAACUUGGGCCUGCCUAUAGUGGUGGUCUGCACUAAGUGUGAUGCUAUCAGCACUCUGGAGAAGGAGCAUGAUUAUAAAGACGAGCACUUAGACUUCAUCCAGUCUCACAUUCGACACUUCUGCCUGCAGUAUGGGGCAGCAUUACUCUACACAUCUAUGAAGGAGAACAAAAAUCUAGACUUAUUAUAUAAAUACCUCAUUCACAGGUUAUACGGCUUUCCUUUUAACAUCCCAGCUCAGGUGGUGGAGAAAGACUCUGUGUUUAUUCCAUCGGGAUGGGACAAUGAAAAAAAGAUUGCCAUUCUGCAUGAAAAUUUCCAGACGGUAAAAGCAGAAGACAACUUUGAAGAUGUAAUAGUGAAACCUCCAAUUAGAAAGUUUGUGCAUGAGAAAGAAGUUCAAGCUGAAGAUGACCAAGUAUUUCUAGUAAAGUUGCAGUCUCUGUUAGCUAAACAGCCUCCAGUCACUGCAGGAAGACCAGUGGACCCAACAAACAGAGCUCCCACCGGCUCACCAAGGACGACCAAUCGCUCCGCAGCAGCAAACGUGGCUAACGUCAUGCCCAUGCAAUCAGGUACCAAGAAGAUUGAUCCCAACAUGAAAGGAGGUCAAACCAGUGAGGGUGUACUCGCUAACUUCUUCAACAGUCUGCUGACUAAGAAAGCGGGCUCGCCUGGCCCGGGCGGCCAGCCCACGGGGGGAGGGAACAACACUCCAGGAACAGUCCGUAAGUCAGAGAGUCAAACGAGUUUGGAACAACAAGAGGAUCUUUGACAUCAUCGAUGGCUCCAAGCUGGGGUUGACAGACGUCCAGGCUGAGCUGGACCGGAUCUCCAACAAAUCCGACCUAGACUCCGCUCCUAAUGCUACCACGCCCCCUGGUGAAAAUGAAGAAUCCUGAGGCGGGGUUUAUUCACUGGCAAGCCCCCCUCCCCCCUCUUUUACACUCCGCUCUCUCCACCAACCCUGAACCUGCCUCCCUUCAGCCACCUCUCCUCUCUCUUACUCUUUCUCAUAAUAUUGUUCAGAUGGGGGGAUUUAUUCCUGUUUAUUCCUUGUAAAGCCAGUGACUUAAAGCUGCAUGUCAGGCAAAUUAUGAUGCUAUGUCUGUCUCCACACACACGCACACAUGUACGGCAGAUGGGUCCGUUAAACACAGACAGACUGAAAGAAGGUUGAUGUAGUAAUUAAGAACACUAGAUCAGAUCAAUGUUGGACACUAAAAGAGAGACUUAGAAAGGAAAUGGAGAUGUAGAGCGAAGUCAGAACUAGAAAGUGAGGGGUCUAUGUGAAAACUUUGUUAAUGUAUAUGCAAGUUAGAUACUUUUCCAUGGUUUUGGUAGUGAAUCAUGUUCUUAUGAGUAAAGAACCAUGUAUGUCUACAGUGAAUGUCAUUUGGCUUCUCACAAACAAAUGCCCAUUUUUACUUCUCUAAAUGUCUUAAGCCUCAUCUGAACAAAAAGUUAUAGAACAAUUAAGGGAAGCAUCACAUUUCAGUCAUUGUAGCAACCAAAGGAUAUGAUCAAACAAUGUGUUGGAUGUGGCCACCUUGUGUUGGUAUUUUCGUUAAAUGAUCGGCUUUAUUAUUCUUAAAGGGACAGUCUACCCAAAAAUGAGUUACCAUAAUUUACUCUCUCAUGCUAUUCCAAACCCAAAAGUCUUUCUUUCUUCCAUUGAACACAAAAGGAGAGGUUAGGGUCGAUUUUGGGACUGACAGCCUCAGUCACCAUUCACUUUCAUUGUAUGGAAAAAAGAUGCAUUGAAAGUGAAUAGUGACUGAGGCUCACAAUCUGCCUAACAUCUCCUUUUAUGUUCCACAGAGAAAAGUCGUACAGGUUUGAAAUAACAUGAAUGUGAGUAAAUAAUAUCAGAAUCUUUUUUAUUUCUUUUCUGUGAACUAUCCCAUUAUUAUACACUCCUGCACUUCCCUAUUCUUAAAGCGUAUCAAUAACAGGAACAGUAACUACAGAACAAACUUAAUGACAUGAUAUCAAUACUUUAUUUUAUAAUGUCUGUAACCCCUGACAUUUUUUUGCGGCUGAGAAAUUGUCAACAAGAGUCACCUAGUAAAAACUCAUCACCUGGUAUCCAUUGAGUACAGUCAAUUUAAAUAUUGUACUUUUACACAAUAGUAGGCAAAGACACUAAAAAUAAACUCUUACAAUGCUGAUUGGAGCAGAGUAGUUCAGUAAGUUGGACACAACUUGUUGCAACGCACCAGAGACUUUUUAGGCUUAGACAUGAUUUAUGAAGUCUUCUAUCUAAGCUAAAUCUUCAGCUUUGAGCGUUUAUCAUUGAGAUUAUUGAUGACAGAGUAAAAAAACUACAAAUGUAUCUAUGUUCAUAAUAACUUAUGAAAAUUGGAUGUUUAUGUGUAUGUCUUUUCUCAUCUCUCAACUACAGCUGGUUAUGACACUGCUUAUAAAUGGAUGCACUAUAGAUAAUGCGAACAAGAUCAGUAUUACUGUCUUUUUAUUGGUGUGUGUGUCUGUGUGAGUGUGGGGGUGGGUGGUUAUGAGCUAAAUAAGUAAAUUCAGCAGGACUCUAAGUGGAAUUGUCUGUUUAGCGACUGUAACGGCUAGAAUUUAUUACUGGGAGGGGAGGGGUGGUGAAGCAGAGGUGGUCAUGGCAGGUGAGAUCUGAGGUCACCCUCACCUGCAUGUACAGUCAUCAACCAAACUUCUUAGGAGGGGGAAGGGGAAAUAAACAAGCGCAAAAAUGAUCCUGUAAUUUCACAAGAUGUAGUGAUGUUUCUCUGAAUCAGGUCUGUAAUCAUUCUAUUAAAGUUGUAUUUAUUGGGAAUGGGUGGUGUCUGUCAAUGGUGUGGGUGGAGAGACAAGAAACCAACAAACCUUUUCAUGCUAUUUUGUUCUGGACAAAGUGAAAUUGCGUAAAAAAGAAGUUGGGAAAUUUGCUGUCUUCUGAAAAAUGUAUGAUGUGUAAUAUCAGGGUUUACAUACAUGAUACAUUCCUGAUAUUCAAUAGGCUAUUUUAAACAACCAUUUAAUCUUAAUCAUUGCCAUCACAAUUGCAUUAUGUCCCGCAUAUUUCAUAGUGACUUUUAACGACCAACUGAACUUGAUUGUCAUCUAAAAUUAAUUUUAGCAUCAUAAUUCAAUUGACAUUUUCAUAAGAAGCUCUGCAAAUGCGAUCCGAGGUAAAAAUCAAUUUAAACAUUUAAAAAUGUUCAAAAGCUCCUUUUCUGAAAGUGAGCGUUGGAUUGGACAAAUAGUUUUAUCUAAUCUUGAAAAAAAGUAGAAAUUUUUGAGGAUGUCAUUCAGCCACUUUGUUCGUCUACAGAACAGGGUAAGGCUAAUUUAAGUUUCUGUAUAGAAAAGGCAAUUGUAUAGACCUAACAAUACUAAGUUUUACAUUUGUAAAUUAUUUUAUUAUUAUUUAAUGCUUUAUUCAUUUGGUCAUUUAUUUAAUACAGGGAAUUUUGCUGGGUUUUUUUCCAAAAGUAACCUAAACAAUAAUUUCAUUUUGGGCUAUAUGUUAGUGUUUCAAAAAAGCACACUGAAGCUUUUCUCCUAGUAUUGUGUAUUUAUUUUUAAUUUAAAACAUCUUUGUGCGUAGAAAUAAUGUUUUUGUAUUGUUUGUAUUGUUCUAUUAUUUUGAAUGGUGUGGAAAAGCAACUUGUGCGCUAUGCCGUUAAGUUCAAUUCAUAAUCACGUACAAUAAAUUGCU